UCCAAAAAGUCAUCCAAACUGGUCGAGAUGUUCAUCGAAAGCUUCCUGCUGCUAUUGGCGCUCAACUUCCUGUCCGCAGGACGAGUAAACCGACCGGAAGGACGAAUCAUCGGCGGAGGACCCAUUGAAAUAGAACAGGCUCCCUGGCAGGUGUCCAUACAAAAUAAUGGCAGCCUUCAUUGCGGGGGCUCCAUUUAUAGCGAUAAUAUCAUCAUUACUGCGGCCCAUUGCUUUUUUGAUGAAAACGCCAGACGAGUAGAUCACAAAGCAUUUAAAGUUCGCGCAGGAUCCGCUCUAGAUUUCAAUGGAACUCUUGUCGAUUUGGCCGCUGUAAUAACCCACGAAAAAUUUUUGUAUGUUCUACAAAGAAACGACAUCGCCAUCGUGAGGUUAAGUAAGCCACUUGAGUUCACAAGCAAAGUUCAGCCCAUUCCUUUGGCUAAGACGAAUCCUGCUCCUGGAUCAAUUGCCUCCGUCUCCGGCUGGGGAGUGACAUAUAUUUUUAACGAUGGGACGCCUUUUUAUCCAAAACAUCUUCAAGGAUUAACCCUGCACAUUAUGAGACCUUUAAGCACUUCACUCGGUGGUUCCUCACAACUAUGCGCAGGAACUUAUGGGAAAACGGUUUGCCAUGGCGACUCUGGAGGACCAUUGGUGGUUAACAAACAACUUGUGGGUGUUGUCUCUAUGGGGGAUUGCUCAUCUAGUGCAUUCUUCUCCAGUGUUCCUUAUUACCGUGAAUGGAUCUUAAAUGCAAUUGCCUCAAUUCAGUAAUACUUUCAAGUAAUGUCAGCGAAACCAAAUUAAUAAAUAUUCCCAAUAGCAUCUGCUCAAAGCAAAA